GAUAAACUUCCGGGGAAAAAAAGAUGUUUACGACGGAAUACAAUAAAUGAGAUAAAAUGAAUUUAUAAACAUUAUCUUGGACUAAAAGGUGUUUUUUCAUAUCUAGAGGUCUAAAUUAUUGAUUGAGAAAUGAAUACACCGGCAAUGAAGAAGGCGAGAGAAGCCUUUACUCCAAUAAGACUGGCUAUUCCCGAAGAAGAAGAGGAACCUUUGAAGAUACGGAUUAGAGAUGUAAAUCCUCAUAUUGUGUGUUCUCUAUGUGCUGGUUAUUUUAUAGAUGCUACAACAAUCACAGAAUGUCUGCAUACAUUUUGUAAAAGCUGUAUUGUUAAAUAUCUUCAAAGUUCUAAGAAAUGUCCACAGUGUAGCGUCAAAGUUCAUGAAUCUCAACCAGUGUUUUUUCUCCGACCUGAUCGAACACUACAAGAUAUCGUAUAUAAACUUGUACCUCAUUUAUUUGAAAAUGAAGAAAAAAGGAGGGAAGAAUUUAAUAAAACAAGGAAUGCGAACCAAGAAAAACAAGGAGCAGAACAAGUUGGAUUGGCACCAAGAUUAUCAAGUAUUAUAAACAACCCACAAGGUCAUAUGUAUAAAUAUGAUGAACAGAUCUGUUUAUGUCUUGAAAGAUACAGUCCUCAGAAAACACAUUUUAAUGGCCGUUGGAUUCAGCUGCAGCCAUUAGAGAAGAAAUUUGUUCGUUGUUCAAUCCGUGUGUUAAUAUCUCAUAUAAAAUCCAUGUUGUAUAAAAAACUACCACUUUCUAAAGAUAUAAAGUUAGAGGUAUUAUGUGGUAGUGAAGAAAUGCAGGACGAGAUGUCAUUAAAACAGAUUUAUCUUAUGAACUGGUACACUAGAGAAACACCCAUGAUAUUAUUUUAUCGAUUUAAAGAUACUGAUUUAGAAGCUAACUACGAUUUUACGUGAAAUAAGAUAAAACUCUGGAUAUAAAAUAAGGAAUAGCAGAAAGCUUAUCUUAUUAAUUAUAUGCUUCACUGUAAAUAAUGAAUAAGCUUAGGUUUGGAAACUGGCCAUGGUCUCUUUCUUUGAAUGAAUGAAUUAUCAUUUUCCGUACCAGAAUGUCAUUGAUGUUUGAAUAAACGCACAAUUUGGCAUUAGAAAGUUGUGAAUUCUUUAAAAAUAAUAUUUGUUCAGUCAUUGUUUUUUCAUUAAAUUGAAUAUGUAACAUUGUGAAGUUGAUAUCGUUCACUUUCUGUCAUUAACAGAUCAUUUUAUAUGUGUAAUGUUUAUAGUCAGUUUAAAGUGGUUAAUAAUCAAACGGUAGUCAUCAAGUAGGUGUUAUGUUACUAAGGUGUUAAGUCCAACACUAAUUAACGAUAAUAUUCUUUAAGUGGCAUUUAGUAACUGGGCAGAUAAAUAAACUAUAAACAUACUUAUGGAAAACAGCUACUGAUUUAUUUAGGCGACGUUUCGAAGAGUAUUCUCUCAACGUUUUCAAGCUUGAAAACUAGAAUAUGUUGAGAGAAUGCUGAUCGAAAUGUUGCCUAAAUAAAUCAGUAGCUGUUUUCCAUAAGUAUGUUAAUAGUUUACUAUUUAAUGAUAUUACCUGUACACUACUAUUGUUACUAAGGUGUUAAGCCACUAAUUAAUGAUAUUACCUGUACACUACUAUUGGUACUAAGGUGUGACUAAGGUGUUAAGCCACUAAUUAAUGAUAUACACAACUAUUGGUUAGGUUUGUGUAUUUAAUAGUAAUGGGUAUUAGAAUUAAUAUAUCCCACCUUCACACUUUUACAACUAGUUAUACACACCUGUUAAUUAAUGACUACUCUAUAAAAUUUCAAACAACUUUCUUUACCUAAUAAAUGAUAUACACAAAUAUUGGUUAUGUUUGUGUAUUCGAUAGUGAUGGAUAUUAGAAUUAGUCAUAUUUUUACACCAGAAGUGGCACCUUUUAUAGCUAGUUCACACCUGUUAAAUGAUGACUAUUGUAUAAUUUACUAACAGCCUUCUGUCCAUAUUGAUAAUCUGUUUAGAGUAAUGAUGACUUGUGUAAGUGAACGAUAUUGUUAUAAAAGUGUAAAUAGUUUGAAAAGUUUAAUGUCCUUUGUUUUUGUGUUUACAUAUAUUUUAUGUUGUUACAAUAUAAUUGUAAAUGUAUGAUACUAUUUUGGCAGCUCUAUAGAAAACCUUGUGAACACGAUAAGCUACAGUUUUAACAGAUUUUUUUCUGAUUCAAUGUGAAGCAUCUCCCCCUCCUCCCUGAGAAUUUGUUAAACUGAGGUACAUAUUUUUGCAAAUUAUUUUUGCUGGUGAUUGGGGUGGGUGGGGGUUGGAUGCCAAUGGGCCGUAAUGUUAUACACAAGGAGGUUGUAAAAUUUUCAUUUCUGAUGGAUAUCAUUCAAACAGUGCCCAAUGUACUAAAAGAUCCGUUGACCGUUGUAUUUCAAACAGUAUUCGGGACUGCGGCCGUUUUUGCAUGACUCUCCACCAAACUUUAUGUUCUAAUUGUAAAUAAAAAUAACAAACAGUAUAUUAGUCAUGUCGCAUUUUGCCUUAUUAGACAUAUCUCCAUCAUUUCUUUGAAUUUCAACUGAGAAAAUUUAUUAAUACAUGUGAAAUGGGGUUGAACGACCUACUGUUUUGCACCUACUGUGUUAAAGAAGACAACAUUAAUACAUGUAUAUAAAUAUAAAAUGGAUUUAUGGCAUAAUUUUGUAUAUUUUUUUUGUUGUUGUAAGAUAUGUUUUAUUAUCUAUUAUUGCUGAAUGGGAGAUCAAGGAACAGACAAAAUACUUAUGUCAAUGAAUAGAAGAUCAGAGAACAGGUGUCAGACCCCUAUCUAUGAUUGGGAGAUCAGAGAACAGGCACAAUACCUACUGUAUAUGAAGAGCCCCGGGGAAGAACGAUCUAUGUCACCUUUUCAAUGAACCCCAGUUAAUGGCGCCAUCUGGUAGCAAAUUGUAUAAGCUUUCUGUAAAACAAUUAAUUUCGGUAAAAACAAUCAGAGUCACAUCGAACCAAGGCCCGUCUGAAAUGGCCUCCCGGACAAAUUGACCUUAAUUUGGCUGAAAAGUGGAAGUCAGUUGUUGUACUGGUAAUUAUGAUUCGUAUUAAACAUCAUUUUGAAGUUGUAAUUAAACCCACUCAUUGUUCUGUUCGCGUCAAGCAUUCUGUCCAAAAGUCUGUUUUGCCUUUUUAUGCGAAAAGACAAAAAUGUGACUUAGAUCGUUCUUCCCCUGGACUCUUCAUAUGUCAGAACCCUAUCUAUGAUUGGGAGAUCAGAGAACAUGAAAAAUACCUCCUGUAUAUGUCAGACCCCUAUCUAUGAAUAUGAGAAUACCUACAUCAAUACCUAUCCACUUGUUUAUUGUUUAUUGAAACAUGUAAUAAUGAUGUAAUGAUUGUUAUAUUGUGAUUAAAAUACUUAUAAUAACACCUCCUGUAUUUAAAUAUAAACUUAUAACACCUCCUGUAUUUAAA